GGUGGUGACAGCACCAGAACACGUCGCUAACCUCUUUGGACUUAACGCAUUCCAGGAGGCCUGUGUCGUCCCGGCUGUUCCGGAUUCACCGUAAUCUUCUCGUCUACACGUGCAUUACCUUUGCCUGGUGCGUGAAGCCGGUUCCUACAAUCGUUACUGUCGCCUCUGGUUAUCGUCGUGUGCACCGUGCCCACGCGCUGGUUGAAUGUAACCCGGAAUUUACGUCAUCACUUGUCAGCACCGAGACUACAAAAGCGGCUUACUCCCACUGUCCUGGUUUAUUUUGGUGGUGGUGACAGCACCAGAACACGUCGCUAACCUCUUUGGACUUAACGCAUUCCAGGAGGCCUGUGUCGUCCCGGCUGUUCCGGAUUCACCGUAAUCUUCUCGUCUACACGUGCAUUACCUUUGCCUGGUGCGUGAAGCCGGUUCCUACAAUCGUUACUGUCGCCUCUGGUUAUCGUCGUGUGCACCGUGCCCACGCGCUGGUUGAAUGUAACCCGGAAUUUACGUCAUCACUUGUCAGCACCGAGACUACAAAAGCGGCUUACUCCCACUGUCCUGGUUUAUUUUGGUGGUGGUGACAGCACCAGAACACGUCGCUAACCUCUUUGGACUUAACGCAUUCCAGGUCAGUGUUAUUACUAUACUUCUUCUUGCACUGCUUGUAAGACUGUCACUGCCACCACCAAUAUCUGCUGUUGAUUGCUGACACUUGCUUAGUACGCCUGUUGUAACGACUGUUCUGUACGCAACAACACUGUGUUUACUGUGCCGCGUGUACUUGUGCCGCGACCAGUGAAAUAAUGAGCAAAGAGGUAACAAGGAUCUGUGAGGAGUUGAAGCGUGAGAUAAAGCAAGACAUAAAGUUGGCUAGGGAGGGUAUGGAAAGGGAGCUACGCAACGAGUUACGAGAGUUAAAAAAUAGUAUGGACUUCUUCAACAAAAAUUUUGAAGAAUUCAGAAGUAAGAUGGAAGCCUUGUCUGUUGAGAACAGUAACUUACGGUCAGCCAAUGAAGCAUUGCAACGUGAAUGUCAUGGCAUGAAAACGCAACUAAGAGAUCUAAAUCUGAAGAGUAUCCAGCUCGAACAGUACUCCAGAAACAGAAACAUCGAAAUCAAGGGGAUACCUUUCAUACAAGGUGAAUGUAUCCCUGGUAUAUUAAAGAAGCUCGGCGAAGCAGUAGGCGAACCGAUAUGUGAAUCUGACAUUGAUGUCUGUCAUCGAGUCCCUGUAGUGAAAGGGCCUACUCAGAAUAUUGUUGUUCAGUUUUGUCGGAGGGGAAAGCGUGACACUGUCCUCGAAAGAUCAAAGAAAAAGCGUCUAACUUCCUUAGAUCUUGGCUUCGCUGACAGUCAGCCCCUGUACGUCAACGAGCACUUGUGCCCCGAUUUAAAAAAGCUACUGGGGAUGACUGUUGCUGCAAAAAAAGAAAUGAAAUGGAAAUUCGCAUGGGUGAAGCAUGGUAAGAUUUUCGCCCGGCAAGAUGAAUCAUCCCCAAUUGUUAGUAUUCUCAGUCCUGAUGACCUGUCCAAAAUGAAGUAAUUAUAGUUGCUCUCUUUGUAUCUUUUGUGUGUGCAUGGGCUGAUAGUUAUGCCGACUAGGCCAAUUGACUGUCAUUAUUAUUCCGUUGAUGAACUAGAUUGUUUCACUAAAAAUGCAUUUUCUGUUCUUCAUUUAAACGUUCGUAGCCUUCGAAGACAUCAUGAUGAUCUAGGCAAUAUGCUGUUAAGCUCCAAAUUGGCAUUUUCGGUUAUCGGAGUCACUGAGACAUGGCUAAAUGAGGCUGAAACAUCCCUUUAUCAGAUACCCGGUUAUUGCUCUGAGUUUGUUUGUCGCAAAGAAAGCCCACAUGGCGGUGCUGGUGUGUUCAUUUCUAGUGAUUUGUUGUACAUUCCGAGAAGAGAUUUAUAUAUUGCCAAUGAGAAAUGUGAGUCUAUUUGGAUUGAACUAGACAAAUGUUGUUUCUCGGGGCUUCGUCGAAACAUUAUCAUUGGUAUUUUGUAUCGCUCUCCGAGCUCUUGUUACACAGAUUUCUGUCAUUAUUUAGACGUGUUAUUAAGCACCGUUUGUCGGGAAAACAAAUAUGUAUUUUUACUCGGUGAUGUCAAUAUUAACCUUGGUGAUACAUCUG